AUUUGCUGAUCGAAAUGCUGGGCGUCCUGGCGAGCUACAGCAUUACCGUGAAAGAGCUGAAAUUGUUAUUCGGGGCCAUGAAAGCCGUAACAGGAAAGUGGCCACGUCAUUCUGCCAAACUGUUGAACGUCCUGCGACAAAUGCCUCAGAGGUCUGGACCUGACGUUUUCUUCAGUUUUCCAGGCCGAAAGGGAUCGGCUAUCGUCCUUCCACCGCUGGCGAAAUGGCCCUACGAGAACGGUUUUACCUUCACCACUUGGUUCCGCUUAGAUCCGAUCAAUUCCGUCAAUAUCGAGAGAGAGAAACCGUAUUUAUACUGUUUUAAGACCAGCAAAGGUGUAGGAUAUACUGCUCAUUUCGUCGGAAAUUGUCUAGUACUUACUUCAAUGAAAAUUAAAGGCAAGGGCUUCCAACACUGCGUUAAAUACGAGUUUCAACCCAGGAAGUGGUACAUGCUGGCCAUCGUCUACAUAUACAACAGGUGGACAAAAAGCGAAAUUAAAUGUUUGGUUAAUGGUCAAUUAGCGUCCAGCACCGAAAUGGCCUGGUUCGUGUCGACGAAUGACGUAUUCGACAAAUGCUACAUCGGUGCGACGCCAGAACUGGACGAAGAGCGAGUUUUUUGCGGUCAAAUGUCGGCCAUAUAUCUCUUCAGCGAGGCCUUAACGACGCACCAGAUAUGCGCUAUGCAUAGGUUAGGACCUGGAUAUAAAAGCCAGUUUCGUUUCGAUAACGAGUGUAAUAUAAAUUUGCCUGACAAUCACAAAAGGGUCUUGUAUGACGGCAAGUUGUCGAGCGCCAUCGUCUUCAUGUACAACCCCGUGGCGACCGAUACCCAACUGUGUCUACAAUCCGCUCCCAGGGGAAAUGUUUCUUACUUCGUGCACACGCCACAUGCCCUCAUGUUGCAAGAUGUGAAAGCAGUGAUAACCCACUCCAUCCAUAGUACUUUAAAUUCGGUUGGAGGCAUUCAAGUUCUGUUUCCUUUAUUUUCGCAACUAGACCUGCCUUACGAAUCCAAUAAUUCUUCAGACGCUAAAAGAGAUCCGACAUUGUGCGCCAAACUGCUGGGCUUCAUCUGCGAACUGGUGGAGACCUCCCCGACGGUUCAGCAACACAUGAUACAGAAUCGUGGAUUCUUAGUGAUUAGUUUCAUGCUACAACGGUCGUCUAGAGAUCAUUUGACGAUAGACGUACUACAAUCUUUUCUCAGUUUAACAAAGUAUCUCGUUACCUGUCUAAGUGCCAAUAGCGAAUUGCUGCUAAAACAGUUAUUGGAUCAUGUCCUCUUUAAUCCGGCCCUGUGGAUCUACACCCCCGCCUCGGUACAGACCAGGCUCUACUCUUAUUUAGCGACCGAAUUUCUAUCUGACACCCAAAUUUAUUCGAACGUAAGAAGAGUCUCUACCGUUCUGCAGACCGUUCAUACUUUGAAAUAUUACUACUGGGUUGUCAAUCCGAGGUCUAAGAGUGGAAUUUCGCCUAAAGGACUGGAUGGGCCAAGACCGGCCCAAAAGGACAUUUUAGCCAUUCGUUCCUACAUCCUUCUGUUUCUUAAACAACUCAUCAUGGUCGGCAACGGUCUCAAAGACGACGAGCUGCAGAGCAUCCUUAACUACCUCACUACAAUCCACGAAGACGACAACCUCCACGACGUACUUCAGAUGCUUAUUUCCCUCAUGUCCGAACAUCCCUCGUCAAUGGUGCCGGCUUUCGAUAGUAAAUGCGGCGUAAGAACCAUCUUUAAGUUGCUAGCUUCGGAAAGUCAGCUAAUCCGCUUGCAGGCUUUGAAACUGCUUGGCUUCUUUUUGAGCCGAAGCACGCACAAGAGAAAGUACGACGUCAUGAGUCCUUAUAAUCUUUACACUUUGCUGGCUGAAAGGUUGCUGUUGAACGAAGAUACGUUAUCCUUGCCCACUUACAACGUGCUGUAUGAAAUUAUGACGGAACACAUUAGUCAACAGAUCCUGUAUACUCGACAUCCUGAACCCGAGUCGCAUUUUAGAUUAGAAAAUCCAAUGAUCCUCAAAGUAGUGGCCACUCUCGUCAGACAAUCCAAGCAAACGGAACAGCUGUUGGACGUCAAGAAAUUGUUUUUAUCCGACAUGACUUUACUAUGUAAUAACAAUAGAGAAAACAGACGAACCGUGUUGCAAAUGUCAGUGUGGCAGGAGUGGUUGAUAGCGAUGGCGUAUAUUCAUCCGAAGAACGGCGAAGAACAGAAACUUUCCGAUAUGGUUUAUUCUUUAUUCAGAAUGCUUCUUCAUCACGCUAUAAAGUACGAAUAUGGAGGAUGGAGGGUGUGGGUCGAUACGUUAGCUAUUGUACAUUCCAAGGUUUCUUACGAAGAAUUCAAACUACAAUUUGCUCAAAUGUACGAACGCUACGAGAUGCACCGAGCAGACAACAUCACGGAUCCCGUAGUCAGACAACAGCAUCCCAUCAGCACUAUAUCCGGUUGGCAUGGAAGCGCCCAAAAUAUACCGAACGGAUGCCAUUCGGACAACGAAAGAUGGCAGAAUUCGCGAGCGUCGCUUCAAGAAAUCGAACUGAACGAGAACGACAAGUCGGAACAAGUUUGUAGUUGCGAUUACAAUUCGACGUUAUCGGACGGCAGUCCCGUAUCGUACAUCGUCAAACAUGAAGACAGUGAAGUGGUGUCUUUAGAUUCGAGGACUAGUGAUUUAUUUAGUGAUGGAAAAAACAGCAAAGAAUCACCAUAUUCUCAAGACUCGCCACUCAAGCUAGCUGAAGAUGAAGUCGGGGACUCUCCUGUCUGCAACGGUUUGCACACUGAAAGCAGCCCCAGCUUCGGUAGUCCCGUCAAAAUCUCCGACGAAAGAGGUGAGGUCGUCGAAGAGAUUCUUCAAGAAAUUUUGACGAAUUCGGAAAAACUUAUAGAAGAACACAUUGAAAUCUGCGCGAAUUCCAAUCUAAGAACCGACUCUCCUGUUCUACAGGAUCAGGAAUUAGCUCAAGCUAUCAAGGAGGUUGUGAAUAACGUUCCGGAACUGGAUAAAGAAAUGGUCGUAGCUACCGUUGAGAUCGAGGAAGAGAAGGUUUCGGAAGAUCAGAAAGUAAAAGAGGAAGAAACUGUUGAACAUUCCGUUACGGAGAAAGAAGUAGUAAGUCCAGAAAAACAUAUUUCGAGUCCUGAGAGGGAGGUGGCAGACAGUGAUUUAUCUGAAAGGUAUCUCACUCCUACCGACGAAAUAGUAGAGAAAAAAGAAAUUUUAGAUGAAACCGAAACCACAGAGAAGACUGAAGAUAAGUGUGAUGAUGAAGAAGAAUUUAGAACAGUUAAAAGUGAUAAAAAAGAAAGUGAAGAUGACGUUAAAACGAACAGUUCCUCCAAUGACGUUAUUGUUAACGAAAGUAAUAGUGAUAAUGAACUCAUAAAAAAUAAUUCUGAAGCUGUGCCAAUUGUUGAAAAUAGUGCUGUGUCCGUAGAAUUAGAGCCGUCCAAAAAUGAAUCUAGUCUAGGAGAAGCCACCGUUCAAUCUAGUGAUAAUGAUUCUAAAUUAGCAGAUGGCGCUGAAACUGAAGUGCCUCAGGUUGAAAAUAUAUCAACGAUUUCACAAUACUGUGAUCCUAGUCAUAAUACUACUAAUACUGCUGUUACUACCGAUGUAGUUGUUAAUGUCGAAGAGAAAUCAUCUAACAAUCAAACGGAAAGUCCACAAACGGUAGUGGACGGAAUCAAGAGAAGAGUGAGUUUGCCCACGUGCCACACCGAAACGCAAAACGGCGAUUUCAAUCGCGCCUCCGGCGCUGCCUCCCCGCAGAAGCGACCCAGAAGUGCGUCUACAUCCACCCAAGUUGAUCCACAACUAUUUGAACCGAAAAGUAAUAAGGCUGGACAACAACGACCCAUGUUCAGUCCGGGACCGACUAGACCACCAUUUAGGAUACCAGAAUUCAAAUGGUCCUACAUCCAUCAGCGACUGUUAUCCGACGUACUAUUUUCCUUAGAAACGGACAUUCAAGUUUGGAGAAGUCAUUCGACGAAGUCUGUGUUGGAUUUCGUCAACAGCAGCGAUAACGCCAUCUUCGUCGUCAAUACAGUACAUUUAAUUUCUCAGCUGGCCGAUAAUUUGAUAAUAGCUUGCGGCGGUCUUCUACCGUUGCUUGCAUCAGCUACUUCACCGAACAGUGAACUUGACGUAAUUGAACCGACUCAAGGCAUGCCCAUAGAAGUUGCUGUCAGUUUCCUUCAAAGAUUGGUGAAUAUGGCAGACGUGCUAAUAUUCGCUAGUUCCUUAAAUUUCAGUGAACUAGAAGCCGAGAAAAAUAUGUCGAGCGGUGGAAUUUUGAGGCAGUGCUUGAGACUGGUUUGCACAUGUGCUGUUCGCAACUGUUUGGAGUGCAAAGAAAGAAGUCGUCCGCACCACACUCUUGCACCUAAUUCACAUAACGCUAGCCACAAAGCAGCACAUCUACAAUCGUUCAUAAGAGGCGUUCAAAAUUCUCCAAAGAGUGUAACGGACAAUUUGUCUAGCAGUUCAAGUCCAGUAAAGGAUCCAGAGAAGCUCCUUCAGGACAUGGACGUAAACCGACUACGUGCCGUUAUCUACAGAGAUGUGGAGGAAACGAAACAAGCUCAAUUCCUGUCACUAGCCAUCGUAUAUUUCAUUUCUGUACUGAUGGUGUCGAAGUAUAGGGACAUCUUAGAGCCGCCUGUCUCUAUUAGAGUACCUAGUCCCGUACCUAUAAUUAGAAACAAUGGCACGUCGUCUCAUCAUUCCGGUAGUCCUCAAGCAUCCCGCUCUAUUCAGAUUCAAGAAGACAAUGACUUUGACAUUAUUACAGCAUAUGUCGAGGAAAACAACUCUUUACACACUGAAAACGAUCUAAAUUCGGGACCGGCGUCAAUUAAGGUUAACACGAGGCAGCGUCCUUCUCUGACUCAUGGGUACUCAGUAAAUUACUCUUUGGAUGGGAUUAGGCAUGCUCGAGGUUGUGACAGUGCUCGUAUUAAGAAGAGCUCUGAUUCAGCGGAAGAUAUCCAUUCUGUACAUUCAGUAGACACUAAUAACCAUGGCAACAACUCUGAAACUCACAUAGACGAUAAUGAAAAAGCCAAUGUAGACGAGAGCUGGACGGAUAUCAACUUAAAUGAAGAAGGUGACACCAAGGAAGAAACUAGGAAUAUCCAAAAUAUGUCGCAUUCCCAUUCAGCUCUAGACGUUGAAGGAAAUAUACCAUCAGAAAGAGGAGAGAAGCACCACUCAGAAAUAUCGGUCGUGCGAGUUCCUGACAGGAUUAUACAGACACCGGUUCAGAUGCGUCCUGACGAUCUACCCGUCAACAACCUAGUAGACCACAUAUCGAUACCUACACCAUCUAGAGAAGCCUCCCUGACUCAGAAACUCGAAAUGGCUCUCGGAUCAGUCUGCCCUCUACUCAGAGAAAUCAUGGUGGAUUUUGCCCCGUUUCUCUCCAAAACUCUGGUCGGUUCCCAUGGCCAAGAACUGCUGAUGGAAGGCAAAGGUCUAACCACUUUCAAAAACAGUAAUUCCGUGGUGGAAUUGGUGAUGUUGUUGUGCUCUCAGGAAUGGCAAAAUUCCUUACAAAAACACGCGGGAUUGGCUUUUAUAGAGCUGAUAAACGAAGGAAGAUUGUUAUCCCACGCUAUGAAAGACCACAUCGUAAGGGUUGCUAACGAAGCUGAGUUCAUAUUGAAUAGAAUGAGAGCAGAUGACGUACUUAAACAUGCCGAUUUUGAGUCACAAUGUGCGCAAACUUUACUCGAUCGUAAAGAAGAAGAACGAAUGUGCGACCAUCUCAUAACCUCAGCUAGAAGGCGAGAUAACGUAACUGCCAGUAAACUUCUAGAAAAAGUCAGGAAUAUAAUGUCUAACAAACACGGCGCUUGGGGUUAUAUGGACGCAAUCGAAUGCAAAUUGAACGAAUUUUGGAAAUUGGAUGCUUGGGAAGACGACGCUAGACGUAGAAAAAGAUUCGUACACAACCCUCUCGGCACGUCGCAUCCUGAAGCCAGUUUAAAGGCUGCUAUUGAACACGGUGCGCCAGAGGAUGCAAUUCUUCAGGCUAGAGAAGAAUUCCAUGCUCACGUGGCAGCUACUAGGGGACAGCUGCAGAUGCAGAGUGAUCUAAUGGAUGAUAAUGAACUUCUAAUCGACGAUAGGGAAUUAGAUAACGAUCUUAAUGGUCCUGUAAAUAUUAGUACUAAAGCCCGGCUCAUCGCUCCUGGAUUAAUCGCGCCAGGUAUGGUUUCAAUUACAUCAGCUGAACUCUACUUCGAAGUCGACGAGGACGACGAAGAGUUUAAGAAGAUAGACAGUGAGGUAAGUCUAUUUAUUUUUAACUGA